AUGGCGGUUAACACAUUCAAGGGCAGCCCGACGUAUGAUAUACAGGACCUCACAGGUGACAAUAAUACAACAAAGGACCUCACAGGUGACAAUAAUACAACAAAGGACCUCACAGGUGACAAUAAUACAACAAAGGACCUCACAGGUGACAAUAAUACAACAAAGGACCUCACAGGUGACAAUAAUACAACAAAGGACCUCACAGGUGACAAUAAUACAACAAAGGACCUCACAGGUGACAAUAAUACAACAAAGGACCUCACAGGUGACAAUAAUACAACAAAGGACCUCACAGGUGACAAUAAUACAACAAAGGACCUCACAGGUGACAAUAAUACAACAAAGGACCUCACAGGUGACAAUAAUACAACAAAGGACCUCACAUGUGACAAUAAUACAACAAAGGACCUCACAGGUGACAAUAAUACAACAAAGAACCUCACUGCUGACAAUAAUACAACAAAGGACCUCGCAGGUGACAAUAAUACAACAAAGGACCUCACAGGCGACAAUAAUACAACAAAGGACCUCACAGGUGACAAUAAUACAACAAAGGACCUCACAGCUGACAAUACUACAACAAAGGACCUCACAGGUGACAAUAAUACAACAAAGAACCUCACUGCUGACAAUAAUACAACAAAGGACCUCACAGAAGACCUCAAGGUGACAAUAAUACAACAAAAGGACCUCACAGGUGACAAUAAUACAACAAAGGACCUCACAGCUGACAAUAAUACAACAAAGGACCUCACAGGUGACAAUAAUACAACAAAGGACCUCACAGGUGACAAUAAUACAACAAAGAACCUCACUGCUGACAAUAAUACAACAAAGGACCUCACAGGUCACAAUAAUACAACAAAGGACCUCACAGGUGACAAUAAUACAACAAAGGACCUCACAGGUGACAAUAAUACAACAAAGGACCUCACAGGUGACAAUAAUACAACAAAGAACCUCACUGCUGACAAUAAUACAACAAAGGACCUCGCAGGUGACAAUAAUACAACAAAGGACCUCACAGACAAUAAUACAACAAAGGACCUCACAGGUGACAAUAAUACAACAAAGGACCUCACAGCUGACAAUAAUACAACAAAGGACCUCACAGGUGACAAUAAUACAACAAAGGACCUCACAGCUGACAAUAAUACAACAAAGGACCUCACAGCUGACAAUAAUACAACAAAGGACCUCACAGGUGACAAUAAUACAACAAAGGACCUUACAGGUGACAAUAAUACAACAAAGGACCUCACUGCUGACAAUAAUACAACAAAGGACCUUACAGGUGACAAUAAUACAACAAAGGACCUCACAGGUGACAAUAAUACAACAAAGGACCUCACAGGUGACAAUAAUACAACAAAGGACCUCACAGGUGACAAUAAUACAACAAAGGACCUUACAGGUGACAAUAAUACAACAAAGGACCUUACAGGUGACAAUAAUACAACAAAGGACCUCACAGGUGACAAUAAUACAACAAAGGACCUCACUGCUGACAUUAUAAAACUCAUAAUUCAGCCAACAAUCUUCUCAACCAACAAUUACGUCAUCCAACAACCUCGUCAACCAACAAUAUCGUCAGCCAACAAUAUCGUCAGCAUGUAUAAACUCGAGACCGCUUUACCUAUUCGAGCAGUGAAAUUGGCCGUCUUAGUCAGCCAACAACUCGUGACAACAUCAAGGGGUCGAAGCAAUCACCGGUAG